UAUUCGUUUAAACGUGUAAAAGCCCCGUAAACCUCUUAAACCGUGUAUAUUUACGAAUGCGUAAAAAUCUGGCAGCAACUUAUAUGGAAAUUCAUUUAAACACAUUACGCACCAAUGUCAGUGUGUAAAGAACACUUGUAAAUUUACGAUAUUGCAAAAGCAACCCUACCAAACGACCAGCUGAUGAAUAUUAUUGUGAAAAUUAAAAUGGAAAAGGAUAAAAAGUUAAAGCAAAAGCGUCUACGGCUGAAACCGUCCCAUCGCUGGACAGAGUCGCAGUCCCUGCAGCUGUUGCAAGCAGUAUCCGACGCAAUUAAAGAUAGUCCAGAAUCUUUUGAGAAACCGACCUCCCAAAGGUUUUACGAAAAAUUGCAGCAAAAUACACCGGCACUUCAAUCUGUCGUUUGCGUAGCUAUGAAAAGCAAAAUGAGGUAUCUCAAAGCGUUGUACGUUGCCGCGGCAGCCUGGAAAAACAAAACUGGGUCUGGACUACUCGCUAAUGGUGACGAGUCAAGCGUAUCAGCGCAUGUCAACAAAAUUUGUCCCAACUUUGACUUACUGGAAGUUAUCUUCGGGCAACGCUGA